CAGUGUGCAGAUGCUCCAUUGCACCACGGAUGCGCAUAGGCUUUACUCUCCACCUCGCCCCUAUCGACACCAUCCUAUUCUUCAACUCCGGCCAGUCCGCAUUGUAGCCCAUCCACGACCGAGGAAACCCAUCCCCAGCUUGACUGUACAACCGAGUCAUGGAUGCUGCAGCAGAAUCUAAUUUUCCGGACCAAAGUGCUUUCCAUUAUGAUUAUGCCACACUACAGACCACGGGAGUCAUCCUCGGGGUCGCCAUGUUCUUGUCCGGGAUUAUUAUAGCUCUCAGUAAAAAAACUCAAAUGCGCGAAAUCCUCCAACCAUGUGGAAGGAACCCAGGUACCCAAGACAGGAGUGCCUCCUCAGACGGUGUGAGAGAGGAUGUGAGCGUCAGCAGUGUAGGGAGAUGCUCCAACAGCUGAUCAAGGCAGAUCUAAAUGACACUGAGUGCAUGGUAACCAGCAUCUCCACAAAGUGCAGCCUUCUAUUCCAGACUCAUUUGUUUUCUCCAAAAGGAAUCCAUUUGUUUGUAUAGGACGCCAUGUAGGCCAAUGCAGCACUGGUAGCUUGUAUCUGUACUGGGUUUUUUUUUUUUUAGUUGGGUCACUUUAUGACUCAAAAGGGAUUAAUGAUGACAACUGUAUAUCUCUCUUCAAUAUUCUUGGUCUCCAAAUGACCCAAACGUUGUCCUGUUAAUUAGUUUCAAAUAGGAGGAGUAAUAAUAAAUAGUGGCCUGUUUGGAGUUCCCAUGGCAACAGUUGUGUUAUAUAAUCAGACAAGCAUAGCAGGUUGGGUGGAGGGAGAGAGAAAAGAGGAAGUUACAUGGUGAGAGUACUUGAAGGGGAUUUUGGUUGUCUCUCCUUCAUCCUCCACUUUCCCACUGAUGACUGCAUGACCACACCCAGAUCAAGUUGCUGUAUAAUAACAAAGAUAUUGCUACAGAAUACCCCCAAACCUACAGUAUACCUUACCCUUCCAGGGAAAAGGUUUGUUUUUCACUGAAGGGCAAUUAAGUACUUGAGUGGUUUAACAUUGGCACAGUGCUAAUUUUCUUCAUUUACAUAUAAAGGCUAUACAUGUUAUCAUUGUUUGCCAAAAGAUUUUCCUCUGUGACAUUUACUAAGAUGAGGUUGAUGCGCCUUUAUUGUUUAAAUAUUUAAUAUGUACAAUUCUGUUUGUGAUGCACACCUGUGUUGUGGUGUAAAUAGCUAAUUAUUAUUUGUUUUGUUAUGUAAUGACUGACAGAAUAAACUAUAUACAGAAUUAUAAAAAGAGAUUUUGCACUAAAUGUAAUGCUGCUCGCAGACUGUUUUCACUGAAAAAAAUGUGAAUGAAAAUGUGUACUGUAUAAAUGUGUCUAAAAUUAAUGAUGUCCAUAAUACAACCAGAACAGACUA